UCUCGUUGGUGUUCUUCCUACUUUCACUCUGCAACUCUGCUUACUCUCCUCCUUUAUUCGCACACUAGGAAACCCUAAGUUUUACACAAAAUCUUGAUUAGUAUGAGUGCGGCCUUUCCUCCAGUGCCGGGGAGGGAGCUAGCUAACCCUCCUUCUGAUGGCAUCUCCAACAUUCGCUUCUCCAAUCACAGCGAUCAUCUCCUCGUUUCUUCGUGGGAUAAGAGCGUCCGGUUGUACGACGCAAGCGCAAAUGUAUUGAGAGGAGAGUUCAAGCAUGGGUGUCCCGUGUUGGAUUGUUGCUUUCAUGAUGAUUCUUCCGGCUUUAGCGCUAGUGCAGAUUGCACUGUCAGGCGGUAUGUAUUCAGUUCUGGCAAAGAAGAUAUCUUAGGAAGGCAUGAUGCACCUGUGCGUUGUGUUGAGUAUUCUUAUGCAGCAGGACAAGUCAUCACUGGUAGUUGGGACAAAACACUAAAAUGUUGGGAUCCAAGGGGUGCCAGUGGGCAAGAACGUACUCUUGUUGGGACAUACCCUCAGCCUGAGCGUGUGUAUUCCCUUUCCCUUGUUGGCAAUCGUCUGGUAGUAGCAACUGCAGGAAGACAUGUAAAUGUCUAUGAUUUGCGGAAUAUGUCUCAACCAGAGCAGAGGAGGGAGUCUUCGUUGAAGUAUCAAACUAGAUGCGUACGUUGUUAUCCCAACGGAACAGGUUUUGCUCUUAGUUCUGUGGAAGGUCGGGUUGCAAUGGAGUUCUUUGAUCUAUCUGAGGCUGGUCAAACGAAGAAAUAUGCUUUCAAGUGCCAUCGAAAAUCAGAGGCUGGAAGAGACACGGUCUAUCCUGUCAAUGCCAUUGCAUUUCAUCCUAUCUAUGGUACUUUUGCCACUGGUGGUUGCGAUGGAUAUGUUAAUGUGUGGGAUGGCAACAACAAGAAGAGACUAUAUCAGUACUCAAAAUAUCCUACAAGCGUCGCAGCAUUAUCUUUCAGCAGAGAUGGUCGUCUAUUAGCUGUGGCCUCUAGCUACACAUUUGAAGAGGGAGAUAUCCCUCAUGAACCAGAUGCCAUCUUUGUCCGCAGUGUAAAUGAGAUGGAGGUUAAACCAAAGCCAAAAGUGUAUCCUGCUCCAGCAUAACCCACAGUGUAGAGACAGGUUCCUUCUGUUCAAUAUGUCUAUUGAACAUCUCAGUCCUCUACCUCUACUGGGUAAUUGAUGUGGAUGGCUUUGUUCAGUUGUUCCUUGCUAGCGAAGAGUGCUGAACUUAAAGCCUGGAAAACAAAGUAUUUGUUCCAUGUCAGGUCACCUUUCUUUGUUUGGCCUCCCAACCAUGGCUUUACUUGUAGAUGAAAUGCCUAUGUACUUGCAGUAGGUAAGCGGGAGCUGUAUUGUAAACCUACAGUCUAUUAAUCUUUACCUAAUGUACCUGCAGUAGGUAGAUGAAAUUAUUUGAUCUGCAGCUCUACCAUGUUCUUGGACCAGCUAUUCAAUUCUUCCAACCAUUACUGAA